AUGAGAGUUGCUUUGUUCUACCCUCGGCGCUUCGCUUUCGCCCUCUUCCUGGUAGCACUCGUCUAUUGCGUAAUCCAGGCCUUGAGAUCGGAACUAGGAUUCAACGACGUAGAUACUUCAAAUAUAGACAGACUCGCUUACAUAUCACAAAUGAUCAAAUCUUCAGCGGAAAAUUCGCCGUAUAUCGGAUGGUUAUUGCGCAGUGAUGGGGUUGCGGCGUGCAGGCACCCUGACUUGGAGCUAUUGAAUCCAGAAAUAAUGAAAUUCAUAAAAGAUGUUCCUCCCCUAGAAUGCACUCCAGAGGACUGGGUUAUAGUAAAUCGUUCGACCCUGGUCGUUACAGAGAAAGCCACGAAGCGAUUUGGCCCCAUAACUUGUGCUUUCAAGGAAAUCAUCCGCGUUGACGACUACACGAAUAAAUUGACCAACUCCGUCGAAUCGCAAGUUUCCUACACUUUGAAAGACAGUGAUUACGCCGAAGUCGACUGUCAAUCUGAAACUGGAAAACAAUGGCACAGCGUUUUGGCAGGCGUGCAAAGCGAUCCGUUGGCAAAAACGAAAUGGGAUUGGGCCAAAGUGCCGAACGAUGGUCUGAAGUUGAACGUUCUGAUGUUCGGGUUCGACUCGCUGUCGCGAAACACGUUCAUAAGGAAGCUGCCAAAGUCUUACAGAUACCUGAAGCAAAAUUUGAACGCGUUGGUUCUCGAAGGUUACAACAUCGUGGGCGAUGGAACGCCGCAAGCUUUGAUACCAAUUCUGACGGGGAAGAUAGAACCGGAAUUACCGGAAACGAGGAAGCGCAUGGGUGCCAAAGCGAACUACGUCAACGUUUAUCCGUUCGUUUGGAACGAGUAUAAAAAGAGCGGAUACAUGACCGGGUUCUUCGAGGACGUUCCUGAUAUUGGAACAUUCACGUACCGCCUCAAGGGUUUCAAAGACCAACCGACUGACCACUACAUGAGGACAUAUUACCUCAACGCUAGUCCCCACUUUAAAUAUCAGAAGAAGUUUUGCAUGGGCGGGCUGCCCCGUCAUUCGUUGAUGAUGAAUCACAUUAAAGACGUCUUUGAUACUUAUCCAAAUCAACCGAAAUUCGUUUUCGGUUUUCACGGUGAACUUUCUCACGAUUCCUACAAUGAUAUUGGAGCUGCUGAUGAUGACGUGUACAAGUGGAUAAAAUCACUGAACGACUCUGGUCAUCUGAAUAACACGGUUCUAAUUAUCAUGAGCGAUCACGGGCAUAGAUUUGCCGAGAUUCGCAACACUCUUCAAGGUAAACAGGAGGAGAGGUUGCCAUUUUUUUCAUUCACAUUUCCAAGUUGGUUUAAGCAGGCAUAUCCACAUGCAUAUGCUAAUUUUGUCUAUAAUACCCAAGAUUUAACGACACCGUUCGACAUCCACAAAACGUUGGAGAGUAUAUUGAAAUUUGAAACCCCGAAAGAAGGAGAUCGCACUCAACGAGCAAUAAGCUUGUUCAACAAGAUUCCACUGGAAAGGACUUGUGCAGAUGCCUUCAUAGAGCCUCACUGGUGUGCUUGUCUGGGGUGGGAAGAAGUUGACAAAAAUAAUGUGACCGUAGUUGAAGCUGCAAAAUACUUCGUUAAGUUCCUGAAUGAUUAUCUGUCGCCUUAUCGAAAUACCUGCGAAAUUUUGAAACUAAGUAAAAUUCUGUGGGCGGCGAAACUGAUUCCAACGAAAGGGUUACUGAAAUUCGAAAAAGCUGGUGAUCUGGAUGGUUUUCUUGGAGAUUUUAGUGCCAAGACGAAAAUAACCACAGAGUUGUAUCAGCUCAAAGUUAGUACGGAACCAGGGAAUGGGCUGUUCGAAGUGAGCAUAAACCACAACCUGAUUGACAAUUCGUACACGACGCGGAUUACUGACGUCAGUAGAAUAAACAAAUAUGGAUCUCAAGCUAGAUGUAUAGAAAAUAGCCAAUAUCACUUAAGGAAAUAUUGUUACUGUAAGGAUUGAUAACUACAUACCAAUGAAUAGUUUUUCAGUAACAGUAAACCUUAGUCGGCGAAACUCUUAACUUUCAACAUACAUCAUAUGAAAUC